CAAAGUUCAGUUUUGUAUUCAAUUCUUUGCUCUUAGUCCUACUAACAGAAGCAACACAGCACCUCCCGCCAGCCCACAGCAAAGCCUUCAGCAUGUGGGUCAUAACAGUCAUCUCUGUGGCCUCUCUGCUGGUCGGUCCAUCCCUGGCUGGGAUCAAAGACCUCAGCACUCACUUCACUGACCCUGAAGCGGAACCCCGAGGCUUGGAACCAGAAGGGGCCGUGGACAUGGAUGCCAUCCCCUUGGAGUUCCACAAAGAGAACACCGUUACUAAUGACCUUGUUUUUGACGGCUUUGAGGAUGAAGAUUAUAUUGAUUUUGAUAAGAUCCUGGCUGCGGGUAGCGACGACUACAUAGAAGGGGAUGAGAUAGAUGAGAUCGCCACACCGGCUCCAGACAUCGACAUCUUCGCCGAACCCUCCGACCCCAAGAUCCGCCGCGCCAGACUCCUGCGGCUGUUCCAUGGUCGGUCCCGCCUCCAACGCCUCAACAUAGUCAACGCGCAUUUCGGAUUCAACCUCUAUCGGAGUCUCCGCAACAACGUCAACCAGACCGACAACAUCCUGCUGGCGCCUGCUGGGAUCUCUGUCGCCAUGGGGAUGAUGUCUUUAGGGGCGGGACCUGGAACCCGGGAUCAGAUCUACAAAACCCUCGGAUUCGCUGAAUUUGUCAAUGCGAGCCAUCACUAUGACAACACCACAGUCCACAAGCUCUUCAGGAAGCUGACGCACAGGCUCUUCAGGAGGAACUUUGGCUACACGCUGCGCUCUGUGAACGACGUCUACAUAAAAAGGGACGUUGCGGUGAAAGACUCUUUCCGUGCAGAGACGAAGGCUUAUUAUUACGCCGAGCCGCAGUCGGUGGACUUCCAGGACCCUGCCUUUCUGAACAAGGCCAACCGUCGCAUCCUAAAGCUGACCAAAGGGCUGAUCAAGGAACCGCUCAAGAGUGUGGACCCAAAUAUGGUCCUGAUGCUGCUCAACUACCUGUACUUCAAAGGUACAUGGGAACAGAAAUUCCCCAAAGAAAUGACUCACUAUCGCAACUUCAGAGUCAACGAAAAGACAAACGUACGCGUGCCGAUGAUGACCAACAAGGGGAACUAUCUGGCUGCUGCCGACCACGAGCUAGAGUGCGACAUCCUGCAGCUCCCCUACACAGGAGAAAUCAGCAUGCUCAUUGCCUUGCCGAGUAAGAUCACCGGCAUGAGGACCUUGGAGCAGGAGAUCUCUCCCACUGUUGUCAACAAGUGGCUCAAAAACAUGACAAACAGGACUCGAGAGGUGGUGUUACCUCGGUUUAAACUGGAGCAGAACUAUGACUUGAUUGCAAAUUUGAAGGCGAUGGGCCUCACUGACUUGUUCCAGGAGAGUGGAGAUUUCACUGAAAUGACCUCCGAGAAGGUCUCCAUGAACUGGCUGAAGCACCAGGGAACCAUCACUGUGAAUGAGGAGGGGACGGAGGCUGCUGCUCUGACCCAGGUGGGCUUCAUGCCCCUCUCCUCUCAGAUCCGCUUCACUGUGGACCGCCCCUUCCUCUUCCUGAUCUACGAGCACCGCACAGACUGCCUAGUGUUCAUUGGCCGGGUGGUCAAUCCUUCACAGAACUAAACUUGACCAAAAAGCCCCUUUAAACAGCUAAUAUAUUCCCUAUAAUUGGUUUGGAACAUCCAACUAAACCCUUACUGAUUUAAAUACCUGGGGUGUUGUUGUUUUUUUAAUAAUAAAUUACGUUAUUAUUAUUUUUACAAUAUGUGAGAAUGGAACCUAAAGUAAUGAGUCUUUAUCUGUAUGUAGUCUCUCAAUUCACAUUUAAACUUCUCCUAUCUUAUUUCUCAAAGUGUUGUGAGUCUGCCGGAGUGACUCAACAAAUGUUUGUUAUCUGUCUGUUAAUGUUUUAUUUUUGUGCAAUUUGGCAAGUGGAUUAAUGUGUUCCAAAAAAAGGACAUUAUGUAAAGGUCAAUACCCUAAUGUCGUACUGUUAUAAUUGCAGAGAGACUAUGAAAACAUGAAUAAUACAUGAGGGGAAAUAAAACAUUAUAUUAAACUACUA